AUGUUUUUUAUAAUAUUCAAAGCAGUCUCCAAACCACUUGUGGGUGAGGUGAAGAAAUCAGUGACCACGUUUGGGAACCCAGAUAUUCCAAAGAAGCCAACCCCCACCCCCACUGCAAAAUCCAGCAGCCGUUUCCACCUCAGCAUACUUUGCAUAUCAACUACCAUCUUCACUUCUGUCAAAAAUACAGCUGCCUCUAACUUCCCAAUUAGCACAGGUUACCUGCAAGGAACCUUGCAUCUUCCUCAACAGCUAGGUUCACUGAGAGGAAGGCCACUAGGCUGGGAAGUAUGUCCACUGAAAUCAGUCACAUCAUUCAAUUCAGAGGAGGGGCAAGUGUUGAUUGAGCCACUAAAGGCACAGGUAAAUCUGCUGUGGGUCAGCCCAAUGUCCAACAUUCUGUUUCCAAUGGUGACCAGCCAGAUGCUCCCUGGAAAUCCUCUGUGGGUGCAUUUCACCUAA